AUGCCAUCUCUUGUGCAGUCCCGCAGCGCGUUCCCGCGAUCAUUGGAGUUCAAGCGGCCCGCGGAAAUGAGCCGCCCAAGGGAUGAAGGCUUGUCUUCACGCGAGCCCUCGGUCUCGAAACUACCGGUGCCGGUACCGAUAUCUGCCGCGUUGAAAGGAGUCAAAGCUGUCAAUGAACAUUGUGGAUAUGACUGGAUAGCAGGAGUUGGUGAUAUCUGUUGCCCUUCUGGCGAGAGAAGGCAGUCUCCCAACUAUGACAAUUCAUCAAGAGUGGAGACACGUGGCAGCGAGCUCGCGGAAUUUGCAGUUUCCUUUCAUGAUGAAGAUGCCAGAAAGGUCACAGGUCCAUCGAGACCUGUGCUCAACCGAAAAAGCACCAACACAAAGCGUAGCGCUCUACAACGCCAUUGUGACUUCUGGGACGCUGACCAGGACGGUGUGAUAUAUCCGUGGGAUAUCUUCGUCGGCUUUCGAAGACUUGGCUUCAAUAUCGCUCUAUGCAUAUGGGCAGCUGUCACCAUGUGUAUGUGUUCCUCUUAUAGCACGCAGACAAGCUGGAUACCACACCCGAUGUUCGCUAUCAACCUAGACAAGAUCGACUGUUGCAGACACGGAAGUACGACUGGUGCUUACGACCUGGAUGCAGAACUGGACCUGAAUCGAUUUGAGGCCAUCUUCCGCAAGUACGCUGAAGGCAAAGAUUAUCUUACUUUGCGCACUAUGUAUAAAGUGUGGAGAGGCCAAUGCUGUGCGAACGACUUUUUCGGUUGGUUUGCUGGAGGUCUAGAAUGGGUCGCACUGUACAUCUUACUUUGGCCUCAGGAUGGAAGGCUCCGAAAACAAGACAUACAGGGCGUUUACGAUGGCUCCAUCUUCUUCGAGAUAGCUAAGGCUCGUGCCUGA